AUGGCUGCUUUGGUGGUCGUAGCUAUGGCGAAGGAGAAGGCGGCGGCUAAACUACGAGUAGGAAAUGGCGGGUGGCAACGGAGGGUGGUUGUUGUAUGUGGUUUGGAGAUGGUGGCGGAGAUGGAGGACGAAAUGGCUAGGGUUUGGAGUAGGAAAUGGCGGAGAUGGAGGAUGGGGGGUUAUUUAAUUGCGAUAUCUAAUACAAACAACUUUCAGAACUAUAGUCUCCAGUCGUACGCCAUGGCUCCAAUGUACAUUGUUGUAAGAGAGAUUAAGAAGAACAAAGCGACUGCUGCCAUUAAGUUGAGAGCAGUGCGUACAUACGAUGUUCUGCAAAGCCGGUUUAGUGAAGAGAUCAAAUCAAUAGAGUGUGUUCUACAUGAUCAAGAGGGGGCAUAUGUUCAUCUGCAUAUUCCUGGAAAGAAUGUCUCUAUUCAGAAUAAAUUUAUUGAAGGCAAUGUGUAUUGUAUAAAAAACUUCCUGGUAGUUCAACAUUACUAUACCUAUAAGACAUGCAGUGGUCCUCACAUGUUGAAGUUAUUCAAUGAGACAUUGGUAAAAGGCUACAAAGGAUUAGAUUUUCCUACACAUAUGUAUCGUUUACAAUCCUUUACUGCUUUGAAGACAGUGGAUCCUAAAGUAUUGGUUGAUGUGAUUGGAAGGGUUGUGGAAAUAUACUCCCCUUUGGACAAGUUGAUAUCUGGUAGGCCUUCCCGGCUCAUAGAUUUCCUCAUUGAGGAUUUAAAUGGCAAUCAACUUAAAUGCACUGUAUGGGAUCAGCAUGUUGAGAAAGUGUUGCCUUAUUUCAGAAAGGAUUUUGCAGAGCCAGUCAUUGUGCUAAUUCAGAUGGGAAGGGUGAAGGUUUCUGAAAACUCUGCUGAAGUGAAAAUAACAAGUUCUUAUGAUGCUACCCAACUUCUGUUUAAUGGAGAUAGUACUGAGUUUCUGGAGUUUAGAGAGAGUUAUGGUAAUUCAAGUGGUGGUGAUUUAAGUAGCCCAAAAAUGCGUAUCAUUACCAUAUCUGACAUCUUUCAGAAUAGAGAGGUAGGUGAAUUCUGGGUACCUGCACAGAUUAUCGGAAUAGAGUCCGAUGUUGAUGAUUGGUUUUACCAGUCCUGCAAAGAUCCAGGAUGUAAUAAGAAGGUGGAAUUAAUUAAUGGAAUGUUUCAGUGUAGCAAGUGCAGCAGCAGAUAUGAUGACUGCAUCUACAGGUAUAAAAUCAAGGUUAGAGUUGUUGAUCUUAAAGGUACAGCACCCUUUCUUCUAUGGGAUCGUGAAGCACUUGAUUUGGUUAGUGUAAGAGCUGAUGAAUUGGUAGCAAAGCAGCCAAAGGUAAUGAUUAAGAUCCCUAAAGAGCUUAAAACUAUGGUGGGCCGAGGUCUUUUCUUUAAGGUCAAUGUGCAAAAAAAUCAGUUAGACAACCUAAGUCAUGUUAUUCCUGUAAUGUCAGUGAAACACUUCCCUGAGAUGUUCAAUACUUACUGUCCUGGUCUCCUUGAUGAUUAUGAUGAUGGUUUAUCCUCUAAGUUACUACUUACUGACAAUGAAUCAGAUUCAGAUGAGGGAUUUUUUUCAGAGGAAGAGGCAGAGAGUCCAAAUGUGAAUGCUGUGAAGGAACAAACAGUUCAUGUAACUGAGACUGAUGCUGUUAAGAGAAGUUUACUUGAUCAAUUUUCCAGCACUCAAAAUUCAAAGAAGAAAAGAGUUAUGGUGGUCAAGGAGGAGAAGGGAGAUGAUGAUAAGGAAACAUGA